AUGGUGUAUGUGGCUGAUCAUAACAAUCACCGUAUUCAGGCAUUUAAUUCUGACGACCAGUUUAUGUUUGAAUUCUCUACCACUGGUGACAACGAUACAAUGAAGUAUCCUAGGGGAGUAGCUACAGAUAAGAAUGAUUAUGUAUAUGUGAGUAGUGAACAUGAAGUCACUAAGUAUGACAGCUAUGGUCAGUUUAUUUGUAGGAUGGAUUGUGAUAAUGAUGGACUGAGUCGUCCACAGGGUGUAGCAGUGUGUAAUGAUGGUAAAAUAGCUGUAGUGGAUUUUGACAAUAAGUGCAUAAAAUUCUUUGUAGAGUAA